CCUUAGCAAUUACCCAACUUGCAGAAACCGACACCGUUUUCCUUCAAGCGCCAGACUCUUAACUCUUUCCGUCGGCCGUAAGGACUCUCCCGAAAAAACGCGAGAAACCGAAGAAAGUGUUCCUUUACCAAAUAUUUUACUUCACAUUCAAAGUUUAAAAGCAAGAUUCAGCAAAAACAGUACUUCAAAAUUCGAAACGGAGAAAAAGAGAUAAAAACAUCUCCUUCACUUGAUCGUCUUGCGAUUAUGGAAAUAUCUUCAGGACCAAUCGGUUCUUGCUCUAAAGAUAAUCAAAAGAUCUACCUUGAGUGGUUUAAUUUUGCUGAUUCAGAUGGCGAUGGUCGAAUUACUGGCAAUGACGCUAUAAAAUUUUUUGGCAUGUCUAAUCUAUCUCGACAAGAUCUUAAGCAGGUUUGGGCAAUUGCAGAUUCUAAACGACAAGGAUAUCUUGGCUUCAAUGAGUUUAUCACUGCUAUGCAGUUAAUUUCUUUAGCGCAAGCAGGACAUGAAAUAACUCAUGAUCUCUUAAAUAGUAAUAUUGACUUUGAAAAUUUGAAAACUCCGUUCAUGGACGGUUUGGAUUUGUUGCUUGCAAAGAAAAAGCGUUUGUCAAAGUCAAGUGAACCUGAUACAAAUGGUAGUCAUCUAGUGCAACCGUCACCUUCAGCCAACUGGUUUUCUUCAAAAUCAUCAAAAAAGAUAUCUCUUUCCUCUGUUACAUCUAUCAUUGAUGGCUUGAAGAGACUGUACAUUCAGAAGCUGAAGCCAUUGGAAGUUGCUUAUCGAUUUAAUGAUUUUGUAUCUCCACUAUUGACAAGCAGUGAUUUUGAUGCCAAACCGAUGGUUAUGCUAUUGGGUCAAUAUUCCACUGGAAAAACAACAUUCAUCAAACAUUUGCUUAAAACUAGUUAUCCUGGAGCUCAUAUUGGACCUGAGCCAACUACUGACAGAUUUGUUGUUGUCAUGUCUGGUACUGAUGAAAGGAGUAUUCCAGGAAACACAGUGGCUGUCCAAGCAGAUAUGCCAUUUAAUGGACUCACAACUUUUGGAACUGCAUUUUUGUCGAAAUUUGAAUGUUCGCAAAUGCCUCAUCCUUUGCUGGAGCAUAUUACAUUUGUGGACACACCAGGAGUUUUAUCAGGAGAGAAACAACGAACACAGCGAGCUUAUGAUUUUACUGGUGUGACCUCUUGGUUUGCGGCGAAGUGUGAUCUCAUUCUGCUUCUGUUUGAUCCUCACAAACUUGAUGUUAGUGAUGAGUUCAAGCGUGUGAUUUCAUCAUUGCGUGGUCAUGAUGAUAAAAUUCGUGUGGUUCUCAACAAGGCAGACCAAGUUGAUACUCAGCAACUAAUGAGGGUUUAUGGCGCAUUGAUGUGGUCACUUGGGAAAGUUGUUAAUACUCCUGAAGUUGUGCGUGUUUAUAUUGGCUCAUUCAAUGACAAACCAGUAAAUGAAGCUGCAGUUGGCCCAAUAGGGAAGGAACUUUUUGAGAAAGAACAGGAAGACCUUCUGUCUGAUCUAAAAGAUAUACCAAAGAAGGCUUGUGACCGUCGAAUUAAUGAAUUUGUCAAAAGAGCUAGAGCUGCCAAGAUUCAUGCUUAUAUUAUUAGCCAUCUUAAAAAGGAGAUGCCGGCAAUGAUGGGUAAAGCAAAGACUCAACAGCGGCUUAUUGAUAGUUUGGCAGAUGAGUUUGGAAAGGUUCAGAGAGAGUUUCAUUUACCUCCAGGUGAUUUUCCAAAUGUUGAGCACUUUAGAGAGGUUUUGAGUGGUUACAACAUUGACAAGUUUGAGAAGUUAAAGCCUAAAAUGAUACAAGCUGUUGAUGAUAUGCUUGGCUAUGACAUUCCAGAUCUCUUGAAGAACUUCAGAAAUCCGUACGAUUAAAACAUAGCAGUUUAUAUAGGGCAAGUAAUUUAGAUCAAGACCAGACAGAAUUUGGAUGACCUUAAAAAAGAAAUUUUCACCAUUGCGUAGGUGUACAUCGAUUUUAGUGUCAUUCUAUAGAUUGAGAGCAUCUUUUUAUACUAUAUAUUAUAUAUAAUAAAAAUUGAUUCCUAUGCUUGAUUUA